GCUCUCAUUGGCUCCUCCUCUCUUCACGGAGGAGUAUUUUCCCUUCGGGCUCCUCCCCGCAUCUUUGCUCCGGUGGCUGCGAGUCCGUGCGCUGUGGAAGGAACCGAGAAGGCGGAGUGGGGGCGACGGCAGCCGCGAUAGGACAUGCCCCGCAAGAAGCCGUUUAGCGUCAAGCAGAAGAAAAAACAGCUGCAGGACAAACGGGAGCGAAAGCGGCAGGGCUUCCAAGAUGGCGUGAGGUCAAGUUCAAACAGCCGAAGCGGCAGCCAUGACAGGCGUGAGGAACACACGGACACGUCAGACAGUGAAUCGUUCUCCCUACAGGUCCGCAAGCUCAACCAACAGCCUCAGGUCCGCAAGCCGGGAGAACAGGGUUAUGAUCCCAACAGAUACCGACUGCACUUCGGGCGGGAGAGUAAAGAGGAGAUUGAGCGGAGGAAGAAGAUUGCCCGUGAGAAAAUCUUGGAGCCAGUGCCAGAAGAGGAGACCGAAGUGGACAUAGAUGAUGUUUAUAAGCCUGGCUCAGUAUUGGAUUUUCCUAAACGUCCUCCUUGGAGCUAUGAGAUGACCAAGGACCAGCUGCUGGCACGAGAGGAGAAGUGUUUCCGGGAGUACUUAGAGAACAUCUACAGUACUUUCCAGCCAAGUCAGCUGAGUUACUUUGAGCAUAAUCUGGAGACCUGGAGGCAGCUGUGGCGUGUGCUGGAGAUGUCAGACAUUGUGCUACUCAUUACGGACGUCCGGCAUCCGAUCAUACAUUUCUCUCCUGCCCUCUAUGACUUUGUGACCAAGGACAUGAAAAGAAACCUCAUCCUGGUAUUGAACAAGAUUGACUUGGCACCGCCGGCCCUGGUGGUGGCCUGGAAGCACUAUUUCAAGAAUCGGUUCCCCGAGGUCCAUGUGGUUUGUUUCACCUCCUACCCACAACAAAGCCAAGAUCCCAGUGCAGUGUUUAAGAAACGCAGGAAGCGUCGAAAGGGAUGGAGUACCGCCGUGGGGCCGGAUCAGUUGCUGAGCGCUUGCGAGAGCAUCGUGGCCGGCAGAGUGGACUUGAGCAGCUGGAGGGAAAAAAUUGAGCGGGAUACAGCCAUUGCUCAGCACACCCUUGAGGACUCAGAAGAUUCAGAGGAGGAAGACGAGAUCCCAGCAGUCCUGGUGGAGCACCAGACAGAUGUGGCCAUGGAGGCUGGGGGAUUCACCCAGGAGAUCUACAAGGAUGGGAUCUUGACAAUAGGCUGUGUAGGCUUUCCCAACGUGGGCAAGUCCUCCCUCAUCAAUGGCUUGGUGGGCCACAAGGUGGUGAGUGUCUCUCCCACUCCAGGUCAUACCAAGUAUUUCCAGACGUACUUCCUGACACCGACAGUCAAGCUGUGCGACUGUCCUGGGCUCAUCUUUCCCUCUCUUGUUGACAGGAAACAACAGAUCCUGGCUGGUAUCUACCCAGUUUCGCAGAUCCAGGAGCCCUACACAUCUGUAGGAUACCUUGCCAACCGAAUUCCCAUCCAAGCCUUGCUCAAGCUGCAGCAUCCGGACGCUGAACACGGCAAACCUGAGCCCCCGUGGUGCGCGUGGGAUGUUUGUGAAGCCUGGGCUGAGAAACGAGGUUACAAAACGAGCAGGGGAGCCCGCAACGAUGUCUACCGAGCCGCAAACAGCCUCCUCCGCCUAGCCGUGGACGGGCGCCUCUGUGCCUGCCUGCGCCCACCGGGCUACACUGCAAACAAAGCCAUGUGGGAGCAUCACCCGGAGGCUGCUGAGAUUGCCGCAUUGCAAGAGGCUCACCAGCGUAACAAGCAUAGCUCCGGCGAGGAAGACGAGGCAGAAGACGACGAAGACGACGAGAUCUCCAGCUCGGGGGAGGAGGAGGAUGAAGAGAAAGAUCGGGAUGCGGACGAAGAAGGCGAGGAGGAAGAGGACCCGCUCUCUGCCCCCAAAGUGGGGCCCAGCCAGCCUGCCCCUUCCAGGAAGGGGAAGCCGCUGGCAGGACGGAACUUGUUUGCUUUGCUUGGAGAGGAUGAAUGUUAGCAGCUUCUGCUGCUGGAUAGACUGAGAGGGUGGUUCUGCCCUGUCCCGUCCCCACCCUGAGCUCAUGUGAAAUCCCUAGGCUCCAGAGCUUCUGUAUAUCAAUAAAGGUAAUGUUUAUUUCUC